AUGCUUGACACAGGUUUCUGAUUGGAGUUGCAACAGUCACUGCUGCAACAUUUGUUUCAGUCCUUAUCCCCAAAUAAUUAUUUACGAAUAAAAUUUUAUAAACGAAAGUUCUUUUUUCUAAUCACUAUACCGAAAUGUAUGAUGUUGGAUUUGUAUUUGGACUCUCUGUAAGUAAAUAUGGUGAUUAUAUUUUUUAACUCUGCAAUAUUUUGGCGGUGUAUUAAAUACUCAAAAUGUUAAUUUAUCCUUCGUCCUUUAUACAUUUACAUAUAUGUUUGAGUCCUGAAAUUAUUCGAAAGUAUUAAUUCUCCUGAAAAAGAAGUCAUGUUAGAAAAACUACAUGGAAACCAAAAAGAAUUAUUCCAACGGAUCUGCUUAGAUGGCGUUUCCUUAAAUUUAGUGAAUAUUAAUACUUGUUGAUGAAAAUAAAACGAAGUACAUUGAUGACCUUAGAACUGCUGUAGGUAUACAAUCUGUCUCAGCAUGGCCAGAAAAACGCGGUGAAGUUGAUCGUAUGGUACGUUGGACCGAAGAUAAAUUGAAAGCCUUGGGAACUGAAACUAAAUUGGUGGAUGUGGGAGAUCAAACUCUACAUAAUGGUGAAAAACUACAUCUUCCCAAAGUUUUGUUGGGCACUUUAGGAAAAGAUCCCAAGAAAAAGACCGUUGUUGUCUAUGGUCACUUGGACGUUCAACCCGCCUUUAAAGAAGAUGGUUGGGCUACUGAACCUUUUGAAUUGACCGAAAAAGAUAGUAAACUUUAUGGUCGUGGUGCUAGUGAUGACAAAGGUCCCAUUCUUUGCUGGAUACAUGCUAUCGAGGCCUAUCAAAAGUUAAACAUUGAUAUACCAGUGAAUGUUAAAUUUAUUUUUGAGGGCAUGGAAGAAAGUGGCAGUUUGGGUUUGGAUGAUCUUCUUAUGAGUUUGAAAGAUAAUUUCCUAGUUGAUGUUGAUUACGUUUGUAUUUCCGAUAACUAUUGGUUGGGCAAAACUAGACCAUGUAUUACUUAUGGUCUACGUGGUGUAGUCUACUAUGCUGUCGAGGUUGAAUGUGCCCAAAAGGAUUUGCAUAGUGGCGUGUUUGGUGGUACUGUUCACGAAGCCAUGCCCGAUUUGUGUUGGUUGCUAAGCACUUUGGUGGAUAAGGAGACUAAAAUUCAAAUACCUGGAAUCGAAAGAGACAUUGCCCCUCUGCUAGACAAUGAAGAGGAAAUAUACGAAAAAAUUGAUUUUGAUAUUGCAGAUUACAAAAGAAACAUCGGUGCCCGAGCUUUGCCCCACAAAGAAAAUAAAACACAAUUGUUGAUGCACAGAUGGCGUUAUCCCUCUUUGUCCAUUCACGGCAUUGAAGGUGCCUUCUCUGAGGUUGGUGCCAAGACUGUUAUACCCGCCAAAGUUAUUGGUAAAUUCUCAAUACGUUUAGUGCCCAAUCAAGAUCCCGAACACAUUACCGAAUGUGUUAGCAAAUAUUUAAAUGCAAAAUGGGCCGAGCGUGGUUCACCCAAUAAGAUGAGUGUGAAAUUAGUGCAUUCCGGUAAACCCUGGAAUGAAGAUCCCAAUCAUCCUCAUUAUGAAGCUGCCAAACAGGCCGUAAAGCAUGUCUUCAACGUAGAGCCCGAUAUGAUACGUGAAGGUGCAUCUAUUCCAGUAACUUUAACUUUGCAAGAGGCCACCGGCAAGAAUUGUAUUCUAUUGCCUGUGGGUGCUGGUGAUGAUGGUGCUCAUUCUCAAAAUGAAAAGAUUGAUAUUUAUAAUUAUGUUGAAGGAACCAAAUUAUUGGGUGCUUAUUUGUAUGAAGUUGGUAAAUUGAACUAAUGACAUAACAUGGACAAGUUUAAAAUAUCACCUUUACAACACAAGCCUAAAAAUUGUUACUUUCAGAAGCUUAGCUUUCGAUAAAUAAUUUUUGUAUUAAAUUGCAUAAUAAAAAUGAUAUGAAAAUA